AUGACCACUAUGACAAUGGCAAUCACGACUUCUAGCUCCUCCACAACACUCAGCGCAGAUACCUCGAUUCCCACAGCUGGUCAGCCGUUCUCGAUCCAAGUCGAAGUCGCUGGUAGCAAGCACAAGCGAGCUAUCGUGGUUGUUGGGUUCAUUAACGGACAGCUUGUGCUAGUGAGCUCGCCAGCAGAUGCGGUGGCUUUCGUGCUUACGUCUGAUGGUGUACUUAUGAUCUUCGGCACUGGCCUGGUAGUCGGUUUUGGUGGUGGCUCUGGCACAUCUGCCCUCAUGAUCUACUCUUCAGUUUCCGAUAUGCCAACAACGAUUAUCUGGUCUGUGUCUGGUGGCGCACUUGUCUUGCCAGGAGCAGGUUUCUGUGUUGGAUCUGGAAAUGUCAUGUCCGUGAACGUGGGCACAGCGACCGACGAUAGUUGUGCUCCAGUCACACCAGUACCAGACACUGCACCAGACUCCUACAACACAGAAGCUGCUGCUACUGUGACCCCGUCACCUCAAACAUCUACUUUAAGCACUACUAGCACAGAUUCGACUACGAUUGCCACUACCACAUCAACUGCUUCUGAAGUUGAUAUGACCACUACUGAGAUGACGACAACGAUCGAUUCAACUUCGACGAUAACCACGACCGAAGCCACCAGUGAGACUACUACUAUUAUUAGUACUACAAUCUUCAUUGGCACCAGCACCACGACGCCUUUUGGUUCGACAGUAACGGAGUCUUCGACAGACUCUACAAAUUCGGGGGCUAGCACAACCGAAGUCAGCACAUCCGAGGCUAUGAUGUCCUUAGCUUCUACCACAACCACGACUGCAACUGGUACAGAGGAGACUGACGGGCCGAAUUGUUCCAUUUUGCCGCUUGAAGACCAAACUGCACCAAAUGGUUCCGAGUACACUCAAUUCUUCUACAGCUGUCAUGCCUCAAUUCCACCUACUCUAGGCGAUGAUUAUCGGAGGAUGACCUUGGUUCCCAGCCCCACAGACGAUCCCACUACGUUUCUCAGACAGUGUGUUCAGACUGCUGAGGAGAGUGGUGCCACGGUAUGGACAUAUUAUCAGUCGACAGACUUUUCGUGGAACUGCGGCUUCUGGAAGAACACCGGUACUAGCAGUGAUAUCUUCGUGGAGGACAGCACUGUCCUUACUAUGAAUGCAAUGGCUUUAUUCAGUAGCUCUGACGGCAGCUCAAGCACAACAACCACGACAUCCGCCACAACUACCGAGACUGUCUCAGAGCCCACUUCGUCUACAUCUCUAGAUACCACUACCAGCACUUUGACUUCGACGACAGAAAGCAGCUUAACCACGACAGUCGAGGAGACAACUCCGCUAACCUCUGAUUUUGCUUCUACCAGCAACCUAACUGAUUACACAUAUGACGAUGCUCUGCUAGACUGCUUGAACACUGCUGACUACGACGGGUCACCAGUAUUCCAGUUCGAGACUGACACUCGAAACAACCGUUGGGCAUGCUUGACGUACCAGGAUGCCACCAACGAUCCUGCAGAAUUCCAACCCUAUGCUAAUAUUGCUGACGCUUAUGGUUGGUAUCUUCCUAACAGACUUGCAUCAGCCGCGACUACCACGGCAAGUACUACCAUCGCCACGACCUCGACCACGAGCAUGACCACAUUGUCAGAAAGCACAACUACAUCUGCGAUUGCAACUCCUACAGCAGUUUGUGAAGAGACCUUAAUGGUCGAUCUGAAUGGUGACAGCUGGCAAGUCAAAUGUGACACUGUCAGGCUAGGCGCUGGAGAUGGUCCCGGAACUUCGUUCAUUCUUGGCACAGAUGUUACAAUGUCGCAGUGCAUCGAUAUGUGCGAUGACAGUUCAGAAUGUAACAUGGUUGAGCUGGGUCCGGAUGAUAGUGGCGUGAUGUAUUGCUGGGGCUUCACAUCUGUGAUUACAUGGGUUCCGAUUGAAGCCACUUCAUGGAAUACUGCACUCAAAAUCUCAGGCAACUUGGCUCGUGAUCCAGUUACUGGUAACACAUUAAUCGACACCACUAUCACGACAUCCUCGAUAACUACAACUAGCGAGACCUUCUCGACCACUAGCGAUCCAGCAACGAGUACAAGCGACUCAAUAACGAGCACCAGUGAUGCUACCACAACCACCACAAGUAAUCCGGAGACGACGACUACAUCUCCAUCAUCCACUGUCACUACGCCCAGCUGCACUCAAGAGCUAACCUAUUGCGCAAGCGUAAUAGCGGAGAUUGUGGUUGACUCUCAAGUUUGUGCUGAUUCAGAAGCCAGCUGCGAAAUACAGGCCCACGAGUUGGCAAUUGAUCACGGCGCUCUUUCAUUCGUGGUCCAGGACAGCAAUCUCAUUACACUUAGCAGAGAUGUUGAAACAAUUGCAGGUUGGAUUCAUGGCAGCCUUGGUUACAGUAUUUGCGGACCAGAUGACGUGAUGGUCUCAGGUUUGUUCUCAGAUACUGCGUGUGCUUUAGAUAACCCGGCCGCCACUACCAGCUCGACUACUAGCACAUUAGACAUCACGACAACGUCGAAUGACUUCUUCACUACUACCAGCAGUGAUUUCCUGCCUACAAGCACUGCAUCAGAUGUUUUCCUGCCGACAACUACUACCACUUCAGAAGCUGUCACUACUCCCGAAGCAACCAGCACUUCUGGACUGAGUGGCACCCCUGAGAUGAGCACUUCGGAGAUCAUCACUUCGACGGCAACCACUAUCACCGAAUUUGUCCCGACAAGCACUACUUCUGCUUUGACUCAGCCAAGCGUGACAUUCUAUAUUGCAAUCGAAACUGCAUCGUCGAAGAAGUCAAAGCGAGACACAUCCUAUCUUGCAUUCGAUGCAGUCUACGGUGGAAGUAUAGUGGUUGAUUCCAUUGAUGCAGCCGCGAUUCUGUCCACGGACGAAGAUGGAAAUUUGAUCUCCAUCGACGCAGCAGGUGUCAUUCACUGGUAUGGAUUUAGUGGCCAAGGUCCAAGCACUACGAUCCUGACCACACUCACUGAGAAACCAAGCUAUCCUGUUCAGACAACUGUAACCAACAGUGGUACACUGUCGAUUGGUACUUACACGGCAUUUUACGUGCUAGAUGGUGCACUGUAUCUAGCUUUUGACGACACUUCAAUUCCUGCAGAUGGCCAGAUUGUGACUUUGACAAUGGUCUUCGACGAUAGUGCUACGCCUGUUGAUUCGAGCUCUACGACGACUACGACGAUUGACACCACAACGGUAGAUAUUCCUGCACAGGCGACAUCAAUCACCACGACCUCGAUGGAAGAUGUCAUCCUCACUACCACUACUUCAACGGGUGAAGCUGGUACCACGAGCUCCACAGACGAAGUUACGACUACCACCACGGCCACGAGCACGGUAGAUGAAACCACGACAACGACAACGACAACAACUUCUACACCGAGCUGCACUGCUAUACCCUUUGGUGACACGACAUCACUAUACGACAGCACAAAAGAAUUCAAAAACUUCUAUACUGGCUGUGGUGAAUCCGUCGCACGUGGUAACGAGCUAUUUUCAAUGCCAUGGCCUGGACCAGAUCAUUUUGGAGACUCCUUUGAGGUUGCAGUCCGCCGCUGCGCAUUCCAUGCUGCCAACGAGAAUGCUGCCACGUUUGUCUUCUAUACCAAAUCUAAUGGUGACUGGUUUUGCCACGGCAUAGCCCAGACAAAUCCUGAUAGUUCUUUUUUCCAGCCAGACGCAGACGUAGUUGGGUCUUGGGGCUUUAUGCGGGACAAUCAAUGUGGCAACACAGCCUAUGGUGAUGUAGUCUCGGAAAGCGGCUCGGUGUUGGCAAAUUUCUAUACUAGCUGCAGUUCGUCCUUGGAAGGCAACACAGAUGGUGGAUUGGUCAACCUGAAUCGAGUAGUGUCACUCAAUUGGAUCCCUGACGACAACCACUUAGGUUGGUCGAUGGAUGCUGCUAUUCAAAACUGUGCGGACCAAUCGAUCGCUCAAGGAGCAACGAUGUUCGAAUUCUACGUCGACAUAAAUGAUUACUGGUAUUGUAUUGGAGUAAACGACCUACCGGCGGAACCUAGCAGCUUCUAUCCCGACCUCCUAGUCAAUAAAGUAUGGGGCUUCGCGCUAUCUGAGUCAGCAGACGUCUGUACACCAUCGGAACUGGUAGGAUCGGUGACACUCGUCGACGGCACUACCUUUAACGAGUUCUAUGAUGCAUGUCAUAUGUCGUUGGCUGGCACUAUGAACUGGUACACGCCGGCCGCAGUCUUCAGCUUCCAGAACCCUCCAGGCGACGAUAGCAACCAUGGAGGAUGGACUCUAGAGACGUCCCUCGAGGCGUGUGUCAGAGAUUCUUACGCUGCCGGCGCGACUAUUGUACAAUUCUACGAAACUGCUGAAGCUGAUCCAACUUGGUAUUGCGCCGGUGUCUACGGAGUUGCAGCGCAAGAGAGUUCAUUCAAUGGAGAUGCGACUGUAGGCAGAGUGUGGGCAUUGACGCUCGAUGCGGCGACUGUUCCCGAGGAAACAGUCGUCGACGUAACUGUAGAUGUCAAUAUAGACGAGCAGUAG